UGACUUUGCAAGGAAUUGAGUGGAUUAGGCUGAGUUUCUUUUGUCUUUGAACAUGUUUGAUUCUGAGACAAUCUUAUGCUGUUUUAUACACAUAAAUUCCCAAAUUUUUAGUGUACCGAUUUUUUUAUGAUUCUUGGUCACUCCGGGUUUGUCAAAUUUUAGGAGGGGCAAUAUCAUAGAGAAUUUAUUAGAAGAAAGUUGGUUUCCAAUUUGUAUGCUUGGCAUCACAGAAUCUUUGCUCAGAUAUGCCUGUUUGUUAAUCAAAGCCAUGAAAAGAAAAACUACAUGUAGUACGGUAGUAAUUUAUAAAAGUAGAUAAAUAAAAUUGGGAGUAAAUUUAUUACUGGCUCUGCAUUAAGAGCCAGUGGGUUUGGAGUGUUGUUCCUUCAUCAAUGCUCCUUCUUGCAGCUGGAUAUAGAAUUAUGAUAAUUUUUGAUUGUGUGGUUUGCAGGUAGGAAGAAUCUAUCAGGUAGGACAGAUGUUUGUGAAUAAUACAGUGCGCAGCAGUCUAGGCUGACAUCUCUUGAAUCAAAGAGACUUAAACAGAUGGUGUCCUUGACUCCUACAGUAAUAAGAGGCUAGAUUAUGCAUUUAUUUCAGCUCAUACUAGUGUGUACUAGUUUUGCAGCAACCAAAUUGUUCACCAAUAUACUGUAUGUCUUAUGCCUUGUUUUCCAAGGAUGUAUAUAUUUAAUGUAUGAACUUCGGAUACUUGGGGCACUGUAAGGGCAGAGAGGACAGAUAUAAAGAAUCUCAUGUAAUAGCAAUGUAUUGAAAGAAAUUAAAUGCACGUUACAUACAUAAAAAGUCUAAUGCAAUCUUUCUAUAGCUGUGAAAUGCUUUACAUAUAAUGUAUAAAAUGUUGGGUGUACAUUGCAACAAUGCGUCUUAGCUUGGAAAUCACCAUGGUUUGCUCUCUAUGCUGUCAUAUUUAGUACUGAUUGUAAUUCUUUGACAAAUCUUUAAACUCUCAAUGUUUAGUUAUGGAUAUGUUAAGCUAUAUACACUGAAAAAUUGUUGGAGCUUAUAUGAAUACUGAUAGUAAGUUUUCAGUAAAAAAAAAAAAAGAAAGUUACAUUCAAGCCUGUAUUUUGUCUAAUCAGCCAAGAUAACAUUUAUCUUGCAUUCAUCUUGCUAAAAUUUAGAAACUGAUUUCUAUUAUCUGCUGUAGUUCAUGGCCAUAUUAAGGUAGAGCUGCCUUUUAUGUAAUUAACAUAAACCAAUAUGUGAUAUUUCACUCAAACUUUUUCAAAAAACUUCAAAUGGCUUCAGAAGGACAUCAUGGAAUAAUUGUACAGAUUAACAUUAUUCACCCAGACUACCCGUCAUUAUAGUGUAGCUUCAAAUGAGAUUAGUUUGUGCAUCCAAAGGAAAAUCAUUGAUGCCCUCCACCUCCUACUGUUCACUGCUUACAUAAUGCAUCAAGGCAUAGAAAUGUCUAAAAUGUAGAAUGCUGGUAAUUAAACACAAAAGUGAGGUGAGAGAACAGCUGGAUGUGUAAAUUCAGAACCAUUAUACAAAUAAAUGCACAUAUAUAAUAACAUACUAGAUAUUUUUCGAGUCUUGUGCACAGGUGAACUCAUUCUUAUUAAUAAUUCCUCAAAAAGUACAGGAUAAAGGCAAUUCACAAUAAUAAAAUAUUUUCAGAACAAAUAUUCUGAAACAUUAAUCAAGUACAUUGUCUAAAUUAAAAACAAAAAUAUGUUAUAAUAAAAGCCGAUGUUGGGCAAAAAAUGACAUUUACUGCAUUUAAUGCUUUGAUUAUUUGCUGCAUAUCACCUUAAAACAAGACCUGGCUCUCUCUAUUCCUUUUUUAUGUUUUGAUUUGCAAAUUUGUCAGCAGAUCAAAGCCCAUCCAACACACUAAGGAAUUAAGCAAAGGGAACUCCUCACCAUAAAAGAUAUCAUAUAAAUGAUGAUGGUAUCCAUAUUUUUAGCAUAACAAUAGAACAGCCAACUGAAGGCACUGCACAUGAAUAAAUCAUUAUCAGUAUCGGCAGUAUAAGACAAAUCUUUGGAUGCAAACAGACAAUAAACAAUACAACAUACACUGCAGCACAUCUAAAUCUACCUUUUCUAACAGUCUAUAGGAUAAACACAACCUCUCAAAUGUAGAAAAUGAGUUAGUGUUAUUACAUCCCAGUAUACAAACAUCAACAAAUAUUAGUAUUGUGCAAAAUAUUUGUUUUACCUUACAUACAUGUUCAAAACAGAAACCAUUAUUUGUCACCAUCGACAAAAUCAAGCAAAAUAGCUUUUUUUCAAAUAAAACUGUAAUACACAUUUCAUACAUUUUUCGAAAGUUGAUGUAUUCAAAGAACACUUUUGGGUAGGUAGGUUUCUUUAUUUACAGCAUUCUUACUGUGAUUUUACAGAACAGUUUACAUAGUCACAUACUGUAGACAUUUCCAGAUGAAAUACUAACUGGUGCUGCGGUGAAGAAGUCAAAACAGUGAUACACUUUGGUGUUUAUCUGUCACUACGGCUUGAGACAGACAAGGAGAGCAUAUUUUUUCUGCAUGGUUUCCUUCGCUGAGAGGCUGAGACCAUCUCCCUCGGGAUCCCAUCAGAUGGGGGGACUGUGCGAGAAGACAUGUCUAUGUGCAUGCGUGAAGAGCGAGAGAGAGCUAGAGCGAGGGAAAGAGCAUGUGUGUGCACACAGAAAGGAAAGGGGCAGAGUGUGAGUGCGAGUGCAGAUGAUGCUGCUCGUGGAAGGAGAUGGUGCAGGUUUUGGAUUUCCUUCCUGUGCUACGAGAUUUUCCCCACUAAGGUUUGACCUCUGCGUUCUGUCAGUUUGGCACCUCAGCCUUUUAGAAAGACACAGAACGACAAAGGGAAGGGAGGAGGGUGGUACAGGCAGAGGAUAUCAUGUGUGCACUAUAACUAAGGACAAGGAGCAGGCAGAGUUGGUGAAGAGGGGUUUAUUGGCCAGAACCGGCAACAAAGACAAAAGAGGUAAAGCCUCUGAAGCCUCGUUACUCCUCGGAUUCCAUGUGCCACUGGCAUCUCACCGAGGGCGAAUAGGAUGUCUGUGUCUGGAAAAAAGGAGUUUGACGUGAAGCAGAUCCUCAGGCUCCGCUGGCGCUGGUUCAGCCACAGCACUCAAACCUCAGCUGGGAAUGGGGGCUACAUCCAACAGGAAGGUUUCGACCACCGGGGAACACCAGUCCGGCUGAAGAGUCACUCCCGGGACAGAGGAGGACUCCGCAAGAACAACAGCCCCGUGCACAGCAUUCUGGCACCUAACCCUGGACCCACGCCUGUUUAUGUCAGGCCAGGUGAUCAAUCAUGGCACCAGCAAAACAUCAUCCAGCACCUCCAAGCUAGCGAGGAGCAGCUUCCCAACAGCAACUCACCUUGCAGUGCCAGGAAAGAGGAGGCGAAGAGCAGCCAUGAGGAUGUGAAGAGCAAUCCGGAGGAUCCCUGUGAGGAGGAAGCCACAGACAGGUUGGCUUUGAGCAGUUUCUCUAGGAUGAGCUCCAACUGCUCUGAUGAGUUUUUCCAGGCCACAAACCAUGCGGAACAGACCUUUCGAAAGAUGGAGACCUAUCUUCAGCACAAGCAGCUGUGUGAUGUACUUUUGAUAGCUGGAGACCACAAGAUCCCCGCACACAGACUUGUCCUGAGCUCAGUUUCAGACUACUUUGCUGCCAUGUUCACCAAUGACGUGAGGGAGGCAAAACAAGAGGAAAUUAAAAUGGAGGGUGUUGAUCCUGAGGCGUUGCGAGCACUGGUUCAUUUUGCAUAUACUGGAGUCCUGGAGCUAAAAGAGGACACAAUUGAAAGUCUGUUAGCUGCUGCUUGUCUCCUCCAGCUCUCACAAGUUAUUCAGGUCUGCUGUAACUUUCUGAUGAAACAACUGCACCCAUCCAACUGCCUGGGGAUCCGUUCGUUUGCUGAUGCUCAGGGAUGCAUGGAUCUUUUGAACGUUGCCCACAACUACACUGUGGAACACUUUCUAGAGGUCAUUCAGAAUCAGGAGUUCCUCUUGCUGCCCACAACAGAAAUUGUCAAGCUUUUGGCCAGCGAUGACAUCAACGUUCCAGAUGAAGAAACGAUUUUCCAAGCCCUGAUGAUGUGGGUUCGCUAUGAUGUGCAGCACCGACAACAGGAUCUGGGAGUGUUGCUGGCAUAUAUUCGACUUCCCCUUUUACCACCACAGCUACUUGCUGAUCUGGAAAACAAUAAGAUGUUUUCAGAAGACCUGGAAUGCCAGAAGCUCCUGAUGGAAGCCAUGAAAUACCAUCUUUUGCCAGAACGCCGUCCGAUGCUACAGAGCCCAAGAACCAAACCACGCAAAUCCACUGUUGGAUCGCUCUAUGCUGUUGGAGGCAUGGACGCCUCUAAAGGGUCUACAACGAUAGAGAAAUACGACCUUCGCACAAACAGAUGGAUCCAAGUUGGUAUCAUGAAUGGGCGAAGACUUCAGUUCGGGGUUUCAGUGAUUGAUAACAAACUCUACGUGGUUGGAGGAAGGGAUGGACUCAAGACCUCUAACAUGGUGGAGUGCUACAACCCAAUCACUAAAGUGUGGUCCACCAUGCCACCAAUGUCAACCCACAGACACGGAUUAGGAAUUGCUGUGCUAGAGGGGCCCAUGUAUGCAGUGGGAGGCCAUGACGGAUGGAGCUACUUGAACACAGUAGAAAGGUGGGACCCCCAGGCGAGGCAGUGGAAUUAUGUGGCUAGUAUGUCCACACCACGCAGCACAGUCGGGGUCACUGCUCUCAAUGGAAAGUUGUUUGCUGUUGGCGGUCGUGAUGGAAGCUCCUGCCUGCGAUCGAUGGAAUGUUUUGAUCCCCACACCAAUAAGUGGAGUAUGUGUGCACCCAUGUCAAAGAGGAGGGGAGGAGUGGGCGUGGCCACAUAUAACAGUUUUUUGUAUGCAGUCGGAGGACAUGAUGCACCAGCUUCAAGCCAUUGUUCACGUCUCUCUGAUUUUGUGGAGAGGUAUGACCCCAAAACAGACACAUGGACUACAGUGUCCUCUCUGAGUGUCCCCCGGGAUGCAGUGGGGGUGUGUCUGCUGGGAGACAGGUUAUAUGCGGUCGGAGGAUAUGACGGUCAGACCUACUUAAACAGUGUCGAGUCCUAUGAUGCACAGAACAAUGAAUGGACUGAGGAGGUCCCUCUAAACAUCGGGAGGGCGGGGGCAUGUGUGGUGGUCGUGAAACUCCCUUGAAGGCUCAGAGUCUGAGCUGUGACCUCAAGAGGAGGCCUGCGAUAUCAACACUUGGAAUGCUCUUUUCACGUAGUACACAACAUUCAUCAAAGCUAUCGUCAACACUGGAUUCACCUCUACAGAUUUAGACAGCCGUGUGCCGUUCAGUCUGUUUUUGCUCAGAUAUUUCAGCACUAUUUCAGACUGGAUUUAAAGGGGGGAAAAAUAAUUAUUAUAAGAUUUUACUUAAUUACAUGAGACAUUUUAUAUUAAAAGAAUACUUUUGAAAAUGCAUCCAGACAGAAUUUGAGUUACAAUUUUUCAUUUUAAUAUUUACGUCUUGUUAACCUCAUCACAUUUUUGACAUUAUAUCUUUUAACUAUAUGAAAAUCAGAUGUAAUUUUAAAGAUAGCAGCAUAAUUGUUUACUUGUGCAAUUUUGUGAAAAAUGUAUUUUAAUCUUAGAUAAAUGAUUUUAAAAGACCACUGUGAAUACUUCCAGCUGUAUGCUUGCAACAAACAAAUUUUGGUAUACCCAAAAUGUUUGUGGACACGCACUCAUGCAGUUCUCAUCUAAAUACAUUUUUUUUGGUCUGAGACUUGGGUCAGCACGAAAUUACAUUAAGAAGCUGUCUCUGAAGUAGAAAAAAGCAAAAUAAAUAAAAAAAACACCAAAGUAAUUAGCAUGUAUUAGUAAGUCAUUAUUAAAAUGGUAAUAAGGUUUACAGUAAAA